GCGGGCAGCGCCUCACAGGCGGGGCAUGUGCCGUUCGGCGCGUGGCGGGGGAAGCGGAGGCCGCGCGGGCGGCGGUUGAGCGCGCGGCGGUUGGUGCCACCUACCAACAUGGACACGUCGCAGCAGCCCGUCCCCGUCAGUGCCAACAACUUCCCCGCCAGACUGUGGCAGCUGGUCAACAGCCCGCGCUGCCGCUCAGUUCGCUGGGAUGCCUCCGGCCAGGGGCUGGUCAUCAACCAGCCGCUCUUUGAGUGCGAGCUGCUGGGCGCCGGGCCAGCCGGCGCUGCGCAGCCAGGUGGCGCCGGGGCAGCGGCAGCCGCCGGUUUCUUCAAGACCAAGAACUUCAGCAGCUUCAUCCGGCAGCUCAAUCUCUAUGGCUUCCGCAAGGUGGGGAUGUUGCCGGGGAGCAGUGUGGUGGGGCCCGGGCCUGGGCCGGGCCCAGAGGGUGGACAAGGCAACGGUGGCAACUGCACCGGGCCCCUGCAUCACUUCCGCUGCCCCCACUUUCGCCGCAACCACCCCGACCUCCUCAUCCACCUGAAGCGCCUGACGAAAGGCAACAGGGCGAAGAUGGCAGCGGGCCUGGAUGUGACCAGCCGCCCACCCAACCGCUUCCAGCGCUGUUGCAGAAUGGAUGAGAGAAAACGGCCAUGGAUCCAUGGAAGGACUUGCUUGCUCGGCAUGCCGCUGAACGGGCAGCCGCUGCCUCCGCCCUCGACGCUCAGCAAUGCCAACAGGCCUGGACUGCUGACUGUAGGACAGUUUCAUCAACUUUACGGUCAAGGUGUUUUCGCUCCUUACUCCUACAUGGCAACCUCGUGCCAAGCCCCCAGCACUUUACCAGCACAAAGAUUAGAUCCGACUCCAGUCCCUUCCACUUGGAUCCAGCAGGGACCACUUGGGUUGCUGUCAGGGCAAGGGGCUUCCCCAGCUUUUCCAGAUAAAGGGGCUGCCUUUCCUGUACUCCAGACACUUCCAACAGGAGCCACGUACACACUCCAGCCUGCGGCUUCUCUUCCGCCACUUCAGCAAGGGACUCAAAGCGUUGCCACAUCCAUUGCAAAUUGCAGCAGCUCUGCAUCUUCAGUGCCGUACUCACAAGCCUGCUAUCCAACAGCCACACCACAGAGCUGUUCAGCAGCAGCCCACACAGAUCCUCUGGCUGGCUGUGCUGGUCCUACUGCUUCAGCGUACACCCACGACAGCUUUGUCCAGAAUCCUCCAAUGCAGUCAUCUUAUGAAGCUGAACUGAUGCCGUCUGACUGGCUAUGUAAUAUAUCUGAAGAAAACAACAAGGCAGAAGUCAGUCUUGAAGCCAUGUUUCAGGUUGCCGCUGAGGUGCGUUCAUCAUGCAAAGCUGAAAAGGUGGGAGUGGCACCUGUAGAGAGCCAGUGUUCGAUCCUGGAGUUUAAUGGAAAUCGGGCACUGCCUGUUAAUAGUUACGCACCUUCUUCAACUGAGGAAAGCCAGCUGGAAUGUCUCACUCCUGUAACUUCAGACACAUAAUUUCUGGUGGAAGCAGAUGGAGCACUGAAUUUGUCUUCUGACAUUCUUUGUGCUGCCGAUACCACUCUGUCUAUAGAAACUGCUGCUGCUGCUAAAAUACUACAAGAACUUCUGACCACACAGGAAGCAGAUGAAAAAUGGAGCACAGAACCAGAUCACCGCCCAGCUGAGUUCUCCCUCAUGUUUUUUCAGGAAGAAUUGUUCAGUCCAGAGCAGGAGAAUACUAGUGUUAAAAGUGAAUCCAGGACAUCGGAGACAGAAGAGAGACAAUUCACUUCAGGAGCUGAGCCUGUGAACGAAUCUGUAGAACAGACAGAUUCAUCUGUAAAAUCUUUCUCCCGGAAAAGACGCAGUUCAGACACAGGCAACUCUCUCGGUGCCCUAGACAUUUACCACCCACUCCCAUGCCACUGCAGUUGUGUCACUGUGUGUUCUCUCUCAUUCCCUCCAAGAUCUCCAUCUGCCGGUGGAUGUACCUCCGAAGCGGGGGUGCUUUCUGGAGGACGAAAUAAGAGAGUGAGAAGUGGGUGACGAAUGUGCAGCAGCUGCCAGCUGGAUUCCCCUGUCAGACUCCAGCAGCAGUGGAGCUUUGCCCACAACAGUCACUUUGGAUCAUUUCAGCUGUGUUCAAAAAAAAAAUCGAACCAAAAAACCCCCAACAAAACACCAAAGACCACACACAAAAAAGCCCAAAACAAAACAGCAAAAAACCAACAAAAAAACCAGCCCCACACCACUCUUAUUUUUUGCUUUCUUUUUAACUUGGUAGGGUAUUGUUUAGUAGGCCUCUUUCAUUACAUUUUCUACCUGUCAAGUUAUAAAGCACCUAGUGGUCAGAGUAAUUAAUAUGAAGUAAUUCCUUAGCUGUUUGUAUUCUUUAGAUUUGGAAAGCCUGAACUUUACAGGAACCCUUAAACACUUUCUGGAGACAUCCUUACUGGAAAGCAAAUGGGUUUUAGUGCUCUGUUAGGAAUCUGUUUCACUUAUUUAUUUAUCUAUUUAACGUUGUUGGGAGCUACAGUAUGCUCAGCAUAGGUGGUGGUUGGUGCUCUUGCUGCCUUUGUUUGCAGUCAUACCGUGGCCCUUUACUGGGGAUCGUGCAUGAAACAAAAGCAUUGGAAAGUCGCCAGAUUCUGGGUCUGAAUGGGUCAGAGAUUUCAGGAGAGCAGCUAAAGGAAAGAUGAGCUAAUUUUCUAAGUGAUUAACCAGGAAACCUUCUUCCUUCCUGAACCAGCUCUCUGUUUCACCAGCAAGGGUAUGUAGUGUAUGUAUGUCACAGCUGCUGAUCUUUUACGUUCCUGGGGAAUUCUUCUGGUUUAAUAAUUUCCUUUUGAUGCUAAUGGUAUCUGUAAUGAUAAGUUAUUUAUUAUUCUAGUACUCUGUUCUAAUUAUGUCUUGAAAAUAUUUUUUAAACUUUUAGAGGAAGAUUGUACUUAUGUUGAUAGCAGAUCUUAAGUUUUUAAUAGCUAUACAUUUGUGUUCAUGUUAAAAUACUGUUUGAAGGAUAGAGGGGGCACAUCCUCUACUUGUGGUGGUCAGGAGAUCCAUGUGGAAGAGCACCUAAACCAUCCAUGUAAUGGCUUCAUGCGUGUUCAUACGAGCCAGCCCUGAGCAAAACGCACGAGAAGGGAGCAGAGAAGCUGUCAGGACCACCUCGGCUUGUGUAGCUCCCAGCUGUGGCCGGGAUGUGCUAAGGGAGCACCGGGCAGUAAGAUGAACUGAGGCGAAACCUUUCCUUACAGCUUCUGUAAUAAGAUCUUUCUUAACCAGUAGUAACUUCUGUAAUACGGUGGUUUGUAACAAGAUAUUUUUAAAAAAGUAGUAACUUUUGUAAUAAAGAUGUUUUGUAAUAAGGUAUUUUAAAUAAGUAGCACCUUCUGUAAUAAAGAUGUUUUUACCGAUAGUCUUGUUACCGGGAGCAGGGUGGGAUGUGGUUUCCCGUGUGUGCCCUGUUGUACCCCUGCCCAGGCAGGGUCGGCCUCAGGUGAUCAGGUUCUAGUCUGCCGUUGGAAGCGUAUUUUGUAGUGCCCGAUAGAAAUGCGGUGGCUCUGUAUGCUGCCGAGGGAAACAUACCCGAGCCCUCCUGUGUACUCAGUGUUGCCUUUUCUUCCUAGAUCUCCGUCUGCUGGUGGUGGACACGCCUUGGAAGCAGGGGUGCUUUCUGGCAGUGACAGAUGUGCAGCAGCUGCCAGCUG